AUGGAAGAUAAAGGAAAAAAAAAUAUUAGUGUAGAACUGAAAGAUAAAAAGAGAAAUAAAAAAAAGGAUAUCUUAAUUAGAAUAGAUGAAUUGUUUCAUUAAGUAAAUAAAUUUAAGAAUGAUUAGAUUAAAGAAAAUCACUAAAAGGAGUAAGAAAUUGAGAGUAUGUUUCCAAUAAUUAAUAAUGUUUAAAGAAGAUAAUUUUAGUACUCAAAAUACAGAACAGAAGUAUUAACAUGUAAUAAAGAUAAUUUAAUAUUGACAAAAGUAUUAAGUUCAAUGCCUCUUUAUAAAUAAGAAAAAAUAUAUGAAUUCAAAAAAAAAGGUUUAAAAGACUUUGCUGAUAAAUAAUUCUAAAAAAUUAGAAUAAAACCAUUACCAUAAACAAUCUUGAAACAGAUGGGAGAUUCUUUAGUUUAAUAAUAAACAAAAAUUAUAAAUGAACAAAGAUUCUAAACAGAAAAUUCAAUCAUUUAUCAUAAUGAUUCUGAUAAAUUAACUAAAUCUAAUUUAAGAAUGAGGAAUCCUGAUGAAACAUUGUCAUUUUUGAAAAACAAUUUUGGAGUUUUUGUUAAUACUUCAUAAAAGUACAGACUUAGAGGUAGAAAAGAAUUAGAAUAAGAAGAAAAAUAGAUUGAAAGAGAGAGAAGGAAAUUUUAUAAUGUAAAAGAUAAAUUGGAAAUAUAUUAUACAAAUAUAGAUACUUAAAUCUCAUAAAAAAAUAAAUAUGAAGAUCCAAUCAAAUUAUAUUAAACUUCUCCAAUGAUUGAAAAUACAAAAUCAGAAGAAGUAAGCCCUACAGUUGACAAAGAAGUUAGAAAUAACAUCUUUAACCGUAAUCUAUAUUAUAUAGAUCACUAUAAUAGUAUAAAAUUAGGGUAUAAAAAUGAAAGGGAAAAAAAUAUGAGAUCAACAAAUUAAAAAUAUAACAUGAACAUUAUGAAUGAUACUUAUGAUUGA